UUCUCCCGGGUUUUUCUUCCCUACUUCAUCCUCUCUCUUUUCACAAAUUUCCUAACUCCCAACUUUUUCUUCCUCCUUCUGUCCCAAAAAAGAAAAAAGAAAAACAAAUGGGGGGCAAGCUUCAGUUUUUACCACCAGCCAAAAGAUUCAUGUUAAUGCAGCAACAACAACACAAAGAUAAUGGCUCUGUUUCAUCUUCACAACUUCCUGCUAAAAAGCGAAAAUUCUCUCCUGAAAAAACACCCUUCUUUUCCGAUAGCACCGGUGUUACUACUCUCUGCUUGCCAGCCAAAAAACGUGUUUGGGCUUUUCACCCAUUUGACCUCAAUAUUGAAUAUAAUCCAAUUUCUUCUCUCAAUGAAACUAAAGAAGAAACAUUAAUUAGUCAAGCUGACAUCACUCCUCAACAAGCUGCAAAAACAAAUGACGAUGAUAACGAAGACGGCAUUAUCUGUGCUAUUUGUGAAAGCACAGAUGGAGACCCAUCAGAUCCAAUAGUUUUGUGCGACGGUUGUGAUUUAAUGGUCCAUACAACUUGCUACGGUCAUCCUUUUACAAAGGGAAUACCAGAAGGUGAUUGGUUUUGUGCUCAAUGUUUGGCCUCAGAAACAGAGAGCCGAAACCCUCUUACUUGUUGUCUCUGUCCUGAAACCGGUGGAGCCCUAAAACCCACUGUGAAUGAGGGUAAAUGGGCUCAUGUUGUUUGUGCACUUUUUGUUCCUGAAGUUUUCUUUGCUGAUCCAGAAGGACGUGAAGGAAUUGAUUUCAGUAAAGUGCCUAAAAGAAGAUGGGAACAAAAGUGUUAUAUUUGUAAAUCCAGAAAUGGUUGUGCUAUUGAUUGUUCUGAGCCGAAAUGCCCUUUGUCUUUUCAUGUGACUUGUGGGUUGCAACAACAACUCUGUAUUGAGUACACAGAAGGAAAGAACAAGGCUGCUGUUGUUGCUGGUUUUUGCAGAAGCCACACUGAACUAUGGAAAAAGCAACAACAAACAGGGAAGUUCAAGAUUGUGCCAAGAGAUGAAGUUGACAGAUAAGACUAUACAUCUACGAUGAUUAAGCAGAAUUGCAGAAACAGACGAUUGAGAAUCCUAGUUUUUAGUAGUGGAUUAGUAGUAGAGUAGUUGAUCUCUAAUAGUAUUCUGUGAUUGUUUAAGUUCGUAAUCAUUUUCUUCUAUACUUAUUGAAGUCUUCCAUUUUGUUUCCAACUUCAUUGUUAAGUACUUAUUAAUUGGCACCCGAGAAAAUCUGAAAAGAGACUGUUAUUGGACUCU